AGAGAGGGAGAGAGGGAGAAAGAGAGAGAGAGAGAUAAGAGGAAUCGAAUCUGGAUUGUAGUGUAACUAGGGUUUGACUGUAGGAGUUGGAGAGCCAAAAUCGAGAGAUGGUGAGUUAAGGUUUAGAUAAAAUCUUGAUUGGCGCAUGGUGAUGGUGAUUAAGAUGAUUGCGGAUAUGCAAAUGUUGAGGAAUAUGAUUUUGAGACCUGAACAAUUUGAACUAGCGGACUAGAAAUCGAUUUGCGAGUCGUGCUCAUCAGUUUUGUUGUACAUGGCUGAUAGAAGAGCUGGUAUUCGCUCCAUGGGUCGGAGAGGUCGUUCUAAAAUAGAGUUUGGAACUUGUAAUGUCUGCUCUGCUCCUUGUUCAUCUUGCAUGCAUCGUAACGCGGGCUUCACCGGUUCAAAGUCAGACGAGUCAUCAGAUGAAAACUCCCAUGGUGUAGUGGUGAGCCAGUGUUCUUUCAACGAGGACGAUCUUUUGCCUUCUUCUCGGGUUAAUGCUCUCGGCAGUUCACAGAACACUGCUAGUGAGGCGAGCAAUCGGCUUAAUUCCCGUCAUGAUACCUCCUCCGAGAAUGCUGAGAGUAACGAAAUGAUAAGAUUUCCUGAUAUGUCUGAUGGCCCAAAUCUAGAUUGGUCUCGCAAAGGUCAAGAUUCUAUGAAGGGAGACUCAUGGAAUGCUCUUCCAAAGGAAGUGAAGUCGCAGACUUCACAUAGUUUGUUAUCUGACCACCAAGCGAGAAACAUUUCAGGGCCGGGAAAAGUCAAAGAAAAGCCAGGAACAGAGAAUAAGGAAGACAAGAAAAAUUGUAUAAAUGAAAGUUCUACGCAUUCAGAUCAAAGUGGGAUGGUUGGGAAUCCGGGAGAAAAUAGUGCCUUUAAUAUAGCAGAGGAACCAAACACAUCACCUAUGUCUGAGUGUGAGAGUGCGGAUUCUGAAAUGCUGGAAUUUGAUGUAAAAGUCUGUGACAUUUGUGGAGAUGCAGGUCGUGAGGAUUUACUUGCUAUCUGCAGCAGAUGCAGUGAUGGUGCAGAACACACCUAUUGCAUGCGGGUAGUGCUUAAAAAAGUUCCCGAGGGUGAUUGGCUUUGUGAAGAAUGCAAGCUUGCUGAGGAAGCAGAAACGAAGAAGACAGAAACUGGGGUAAAUUUGAAUACUCAGAGUUCCGGAAAAAGGCACAUAGAUAAACUUGAGGUAGCUCCAAAUGCAAAAAGACAGGCAGUUGAGGCUCCAACAGGGUCACCCAAGAGACCUGUUCCUCCCAGAUUGUCCGCUUUAUCUCGGGAAACAUCAUUUAAGGGCUUAGAGAAGACAACGAGAAAGCUAUCUCAUCACCCAUCCUUCAAUAGCCACUUUAGUGAUGACACAGAAAGCACACGAUCUACUGACUCACAGCUCCAGUCCCCUAAAGGCUCCUUCAUCAAGUCCAAUUCGUUUAAUUCUUCGAGCUCUAGACCAAAGGUGAGACCAGUGGAUGAUGAUAUGCUUCUACGACAGAAAAUUGGGAAAGAAAAUGCUUCCCUUGUAAAGGAGGGGUUUUCCAGAAUUGUAGGCAAAUCAACGUCAGCUAGAUGUAUAGGCGUUGGGAGCUCUAGUUGCAAGGACUCAAAAGUAAAAGGUUCGAAGCAACUGAAAGAUCGAAGUACAGAAGCUAACCCUUCAGCAUCCACAGUCGAUCAGCAGCUAAUCUCACGUGGCCAUUCGUCCAUUUCAUAUGCAAACAAUGCACGUGAUUUGCAGGGGAUGCAGUCUGAUGGUAAGCAAGGUAGCUUGAAAAAGCAAGCCAGACACCGAAGUCAAAACCGUCUAGAAGAUAUAGUUGCUUCUGUAGGGGAUACAUCUACAAAUGAAAAGAUAUCAAAGUCCAGUUCAAGUGAGCAAAUAUCAAGUGAAGCCAAACGUAAGGAUGAACUGGCAGAUGUUGAUGGUUUAUCCCGGUCGAGGGAAUUCAGAGAGGCGGGGGAGAAAAGCAAAGACGCUGUUGGUAAUUGCCAAAGGUCUGACCUGUUAUCUGGUUCUAAAGGCCUGCCAUCUCAAAAAGGUCAGAAUGCAGAACCCUCUGAGUCGUCAUGUGCCUCUGGAAGCAAUCUCUCUACCACACGAAAUAUUAGGGAGGAUAUAAAUAAGGGCAAUAGGUUGCGAGCAGCGGUUGAUGCUGCUCUGCGGAGAAAACCUAGCUUUGGCAAGAACAGAGGAUUGGAGCAAUCUGAUUUGCCUUCAGUGUCUAAUGUGGAUUCUAGUUGUGAUAAGACUAUUCAAAACUUUCCCUCGAAGGUGCCGGUCGUGAGAGAUUGGCCUGUGGGAUUGCAAGGAGGGCAUCCAAAUAUACGGACACACAAGCAGACGGUUGCAGUAAAUGGAAAGCAGUUUACACUCUCUGAUGCUGAUGCAAUGGCUGCUUCCCAAUCUGCAGAGACUGUGGUUCAUUUAACUUCUGUAAAACCGGUCAUGAGAGAUUUGCCUGUGGUUGCCCCAUCUGCUCUGCCGACAACCUCAGCCAUCCCAGAGCAUGAAUACAUUUGGCAAGGGGACAUGGAGGUGCAGAAAAACAGAAAUCUAUCAGCAAUGUAUUGUGGAAUGCAAGCAUAUCUAUCAACAUUAGCAUCACCUAAGGUUGUUGAAUUGGUGAACCAAUUUCCAGUAAAAGUCAUUUUGAAUGAAGUACCCAGGCUAAGUACAUGGCCUGCACAGUUUCAAGAUAUAGGUGUUAAGGAAGACCAUGUGGCUCUUUUCUUCUUUCCUAAGGACAAUGAGAGUUAUGAAAAAAAUUAUAAGCCCCUGGUAGAUAACAUGAUCCAGAAAGAUGUAGCGCUAAAAGGAAACCUCGAGGGUGUUGAGCUUUUGAUUUUUGCGUCCAAUCAGCUUCCUCAGAACUGCCAACGUAAGUUGGAACAUGUUUUUUUUCCUUUGGGGUGUAUUUCGAGGAAAAAAAGAGAAAUGUUCUAUGCCACCCAAGAGACGAGGCACUUGAUCAACUCAUGAUCGUCUUAUAAAAACUGUUUUUUUUUUUUUUUGUAAUGAACGGCAGGAGAGAGGAAAGCACUCGAUUAUAACCAUAAUCAUUUUAACUAGAACAUAUAACCACAUAGUUAAAGUAACCAUAUAUCUC